AUGUCCAAUCCGAAGCCAGAAGCGUACCCAGCCCACCAAGCCCUUGCUCGAGGAAUGGGAUUCAAGAACAAACAUGAGAAGCUUUGGUGGGCUAUCUUCGGACCUCUCCUCGAGAAGCUCCUGACGCUCUGCGAUUACCCAGUGUCUCUGCAAUACCAGCACCUAUCAUUCAUCUACCGCCAUAUCAUUCCUUAUCUCGGCCCAUAUCCGACCGUCGAAAACGGCUGGGUAUGGAAGACCUGCUACUCACCGGACGGAACCCCAGUCGAAGUCAGCCUCAAUUUUGACGGCUCGAGGAAAACUGCACGUAUGGACCACGUCGUGAUUAGCCAGUGGAGCGGCACACCGAAGGACCCCUUUGGUCAAAACGUGGCCCUCGAAUUGAUUAAAUCCCUGGCCGCCAUACUCCCCGACUUUAAUUGGCACUGGUUCGACUAUUUUGUCCAAGAAAUGUUCAUCCCCGAAUCGUCAACUGAGACGGUGCUUGCACGACAGCCCCCGGAAUUCGUCCAUAUGGUCAUGCAGGGCAUCAAUGGGUACGAUCUGCUGGACAGUGGCGUUCGGGUGAAGCCCAUCUUUAGCGGGCUUUCCAAAAGUGUUGAAACGGGCAUAUCCCUAGACAAGCUACUCUUCGACGCAUUUCACAAUAGUGCUGAACCUUUCGGUGCAUACCAGCCGGCCCUGAAAGUCAUAGAGGACUACUGCCAGUCGGAUCAAACCAAGCAGUUUGGAACCAAGGCUUGUUUCCUUAGCUUCGAUGCUACUAAGACCAAAGACGCGCGACUCAAGGUCUAUCUGCAUGGACCGCAGACAGCAUACAUGAAGGUCCAGGACGCGUUUACCUUGGGUGGCCGCCUCGAUAGCCCCAACAUUCAGACUGGUGUGAAGGAGCUACGCAAGCUUUGGUAUGGAGUGCUUAAUCUGCCUCCAGACUUUCCCGAAUCGCAAGAUUUACCUGCGACCGAUGACCUUUACCAGGGCUGGCAGAUGAAUUAUGAGUUGAGGCCCAACAACCCUGUCCCUGAGCCGAAAGUAUAUAUUCCAGUGGGAAUCGACAACAAGGAUCAGGAGAGUAUCAUCCAAGGACUCCAGGAGUUCUUUUCCCGCCAUGAAUCCAUGGACGUGCGGGACUAUCGACACAUCUUUGAGACGCUAUUCCUGGAUGGUGACAAGCUCACUGGAAUUCAUCACUUCAUCACUUUCAGUUACAAGUCCCACCCAUAUGUCACUUGUUACUACAAACCACACGUAGUCCCAGUUCCAGCCAAGGAACUUGAAGAGUCAGAUGUGAAGGUGUUUUCCAAGUAG